AUGGAUCGCCUUUUCAAGUCAGUUUUGAGCAUCCGCGAAAUAAAGUUUCGCAUGGAUGAUGAUUACGUGGAUCGGCUCAGUCGACAGUACAGCGUCAUUAUACUCAUCUGCUUCGGCUUCCUGGUCAGUACGAAACAAUUCGUCGGCAAGCCAAUAAACUGUUGGUGUCCUGCAGAGUUCAAGCCGAGUCAUCGAGAUUACACGGAUGCAGUCUGUUGGGUGAGCAACACGUACUACCUCCCAAUUGAUGACAUCAUACAGAAAGAUCAUCUGGAAACGCAGAAGAACCGGCAGCUGAUCAGUUACUACCAGUGGGUUCCUCUCAUACUCAUCUUUCAGGCUCUCCUCGCGUUUGUUCCCUGCCUUCUCUGGCGAUUCGUCAAUAAGAGGUCGGGAGUGAACAUGGCUGCCAUCAUGGACGCGUCCAGACAUUGUUCGCAAGCACAUUAUUUAGAAAUUCGCGAAAAAGCUAUCAGGUAUAUUGUCAACCAAAUGGAUCGCUACUUGCUCGCCCAGAGAGAGUACAGAACUGGCUGCAUGGUCAGAAUAAAACACGUCAUCGCCAAGUUUUGUUGUUUUGUUGGCGGUAAAUUGUACGGAAAUUAUCUCAUAUCAUGUUACAUGAUCAUCAAAGUUUUAUAUCUAGCCAACGCACUAGGCCAGUUGUUUCUUCUUGAGACCUUCCUCAAGAUAAACUUCCAUUUGUACGGCGUGCACGUGCUGGAGAGAUUAAUCAAAGGAGAGGAUUGGAGUCAUUCUGAAAGGUUCCCGAGAGUUACUCUCUGCGAGUUUGAAAUUCGUCACCAGUCACGAAUCCACAGUUACAUCGUUCAGUGCGCUCUGACGAUAAAUUUAUUCAACGAAAAACUCUUCAUCUUCAUAUGGUUUUGGUACGUUUUUCUUGCGUUUAUGACGGCGGUUAACUUUUUACGGUGGUUGUUUCGAUCUCUCUACUGGCCGGGACACGUUCAGUAUUUGCGCAAACAGUUGCGAGCAUUCGACGCCACGCAACGAGAAGCAGGAAUUCUGGCUAAAUUCGCCGAAAACUAUCUCCGUCGGGAUGGAAUGUUCAUCGUUCGACUCAUCGGCAUUAACAUGGGCGAGGUGGUGGCAGGGGAGGUGAUCUGUGGUCUCUGGAACAACUACAGUCUCGAGAGGAGGUCCAUCGCCGAGAAACCAGGUCGCAAGACCAUCAGCAAGACAGGAAGGACAGGUACGGGCGGGCACAAGAUGGAGGUCGUCUGA